CACGGUGGCGCAGAAGAUCCUUUGCCGGCCCAAAAUGGCGCGCACUGCUCUCCUCGCCUCGCUGUAUAAUAACUUGCCAGAAGGCACCAAACCGAUCGUUUAACCGAUCCAUCCAACUGAACUGAACCAAUUCCAUUCCAUAUCUCCACUCCAAAUCCCAAGAAGCCUCGCGUACGUUCGUUCCCACCACCAGCGCGCACGCCAUGGCCGACGCUCCCGCCGUCGACGUGGAGAAGGCCGGAGCGCCGGCUGGAGGGGGCCCCGACGGCUCCGGCGGAGGCGGCGCGGUGGGCGCGAUCGUCGGGCGCUGGCGGCGGCAGGACCUCCUGGACAAAUCCGGGUCGGCGCUGCGGGCGGCGGCGUGGGCGUUCUCCCUGCUCGCCUUCCUCGUCAUGGUCGCCAACGAGCACGGCGACUGGAGGCAGUUCGACCACUACGAGGAGUACAGGUACAUCGUGGCGGUGGGGCUGCUGGCGUUCAUCUACACCACGCUGCAGCUGGUGCGGCACGGCGUCCGGCUCAGCGGCGGCCAGGACCUGCAGAGCAAGGUCGGCCUGCUCGUCGACUUCGCCGGGGAUCAGGCAACGGCGUACCUUCUGAUGUCCGCGUUGUCUGCUGCAAUCCCGAUCACAAACCGCAUGCGGGAGGGCUCGGACAACGUGUUCACUGACUCGUCCGCUGCCUCGAUUAGCAUGGCCUUCUUCGCCUUUGUUUGCCUCGCGCUCUCGGCUCUCAUCUCAGGUUUCAAGCUGUCCAAGCAGACCUACAUAUGACGCUUGUGACAUAUGGGCGAGGUCUGCUUCAUCGGUGCCCAUUUGGUUCCCUCUCGACGUUGUACAGUCCAUUUGGUUCUUCCUGAUGUAUACAUAUAUCUUGGGUUUCUUUUGUGCUCCAGACUAAUGGCUGCUUCUUUUACGUGCGUGCUUAUUUAGGUGUUUAUAUCGUCGCGCCAAAGUAUGUAAUUAUGUUUCACGCAAAUGAAUGAGAGUGUGUGCUCAAAUGAUUCUUGCAAAUCAAGGAAUGUGUGUUCUGCUGAAA